ACAGAUUCCAACUGUGUUUCGAGUGGUGUGGACAGGUCAGCCCCUGCUUCAGACUUUACAGUGCUUGUUCUCUCGGGACCCUGGAUACAUCUCCUUGAGCUCAGAAGCAUCACAGAGGCAGUGGACACCUAACAGGCCACCAAGAGUGGUGUGGAGUUUCCGUCAAUGCUAUACAACUCUACUGUACAGAGCUUGGACCACAGCGCCAAUCUGACCCACUUUCUGUCUGGAAUGGCUCUCACAUGGCUUCUGAACAGGGUCAAAGGUGUCUUGGCUUCCCCUGCCCUCCUGAGAUCUUGCCCAUAAAAGGUCUGAGUUGCCUACUUCCACUAUUAAGUUGAACGAGGACUCCUUAACCCAACAGCCAUCAAGGCUGUUGGCCAACUAGUUAACAGCCCAAAGCAGCCAGCUGCUUCUGACCUAGGAAAGCCAGGAGUGCAGGAGCUUGGGGCUGGGGGAUGAGCGGUCGGGUCCCGCUGGCAGAGAAGGCCCUGUCAGAACGCUAUGCCCGUCUCCGGUACAGGGACACUUCCUUGCUGAUUUGGCAACAGCAGCAGCAGAAGUUGGAGUCUGUACCACCUGGUACAUACAUGAGCAGGAGCCGCAGCAUGUGGUACUCCCAGUAUGGAAAUGAGGCCAUCUUAGUCCGAGACAAAAACCAGCUUGGGGUCUCUAAGGACACUGGCCAGUCUAAGUUUUGCUCAAUCAUGUAAUUCCAGGGAGGUCCUUGAUGGCUGUGAAGAUCAAUCUGUGGUAUAAAAACUCAACACCCAAGAAUAUCACCCAGCCCUCUAUCAAUGGCACACUGCCGUGGCCCUGGCAAUGCUUCCAGACAAAAAGAGAAGCCAGUGAGAUGUCCCCAGCUCCUGUGAGCUGCUUGCCUGACACAGAAUGGGUCAAGUCCAGGGUAAAGAGGGGACUCUCUUCCUGGAGGGUCUCAGAUCUGUCAGUUCACUGCAGUGACAUGUGAAAAGGGGCCAGAGCCGG